UUGUGUGCUGGUCUUUCCCCUUUGCUGCGGUUGGCAUGUCGUCGUAUCAUCCCUCGACUCACGGUAUCCAUGCCGACGACGGCGUCAAUGUGCUCGCUGAUGUCGCGCCGCCGAUUCACACGUCGACGACAUUCCGGUAUCUACGCGACCCAGACGCUCUCCAGCCAGUUCCUGAGGAGGUCGAAUACGUAGACUUGCAGACGCCACUGGUGUAUUCACGACUCGCAUCCGCAAGCACCAACCGGCUGGAAACCAUCUUGGCGCCAUUGCUGUAUCCUGAGGCUACGGAGCAAGAGCUGCAAGGAAGUGAGGGGCUGGCCAACCAGGUUGUUAGUUAUUCGAGCGGGCUAAGUGCGUUCCACGCGCUGCUGGUCAACGUGGUGCCCAAGGUUGUGGCCAUCAGUGGCGGGUAUCACGGGUGCCAUGGGGUGAUUGAUCUGCACAAGAAGAUGCACGGUGUCAAGACGGUGGAUCUGCAUGCGGACGAGGCGACCUGGGAUGCUGCGGGCCUGGGAAAAGGCGAUCUUGUGCAUCUGGAGACGCCGCUGAAUCCCACAGGCGAGGCCUUUGAAAUCGCAAAGUAUGCGGAGAGGGCGCACAAGAGAGGCGCAUUGCUGAGCGUGGAUGCAACGUUUGCGCCGCCGGGCCUCCAGGACCCGUUCAAAUGGGGCGCGGAUGUCGUCAUGCAUAGUGGGACAAAGUAUAUUGGCGGCCAUAGCGAUAUGCUGUGCGGCAUUCUCGCAACGUCUGCUGGACCCGAGGGCCUCAAGCGCGCAAAGACGCUCCGAGUCGAGCGCAUCUUUCUCGGGGGUGUACUGGGCAGUCUGGAGGGUUGGCUCGGCGUACGCAGUCUGCGUACUCUGGAUCUCCGUGUUCAACGCCAGUCGUCCAGUGCUGAUCGUCUUGUUGCGUGGCUGCAUGAUUCACUCAACGGCAAGGGGGAAGAUGCCGAAGCAGUCAGCAAGGUUGUCAGCAAAGUGUCGCAUGCGUCACUGCAGACAUCCGACAUGUCGUGGCUCAAGAAACAAAUGCCAAACGGGUUUGGCCCCGUCUUCAGCAUCUACAUGAAGGAGAUUCAGCAGGCGCGAGCGCUUCCUUCGAAACUGCGUCUCUUCCAUCAUGCUACCAGUCUGGGUGGUGUGGAGAGCCUGAUUGAGUGGCGGCGGAUGAGCGACAGUACGGUGGAUGAGACGCUGUUGCGUGUUAGUAUCGGCGUGGAGAACUGGGAAGACUUGAAGAGGGAUCUGUUGAAUGCUUUCAAGGCAUUGGCGAGUGGUGAGGCUGUGAAGACGAAUGGCGAGGCUGUGAAGACGAAUGGCGAGAGGGUGCAGGCUGGGCAGGAAGGCGCGCAGGUGCCAGAGGCAGGAGCGGGUGCUGUCUAAGGGUCACAUGAAUGGUAUGCAUGCAGUUUGGAGUGAAGAAUCUUGGAAUAGACGUUUAGUGUCAUUG